GGCCGCCGCCGCCGCCGCCACUGUGCAUGUGGCCCGGGCGCGCCGGAGGAGAAGGCCCCGCGCCGCCCCCAGCAUGACCAACCUCGACCCGCUGCUCCGCACGGGCAGCCAGAGAGGAAGGCGAAACGACUGGUCUGCUAGUCUCAUUGUUGCUUCUUUGGCCGGAGCCUUUGGGUCCUCCUUCCUGUACGGCUACAACCUUUCGGUAGUGAAUGCUCCAACCGUGUUUGUAAAGAAGUUUUACAAUGAAACUUGGGAAAGAAGAUAUAACCAGACCAUUCCAGAAGGAAGGGUUACCCUGCUCUGGACUAUAUCUGUUUCUAUUUUUGCCAUUGGUGGGCUUGUGGGGGCUUUAAUUGUUACUCCAGCUGUCAAGUAUUUUGGCCGGAAGCGUACGCUGCUGCUAAAUAAUGUGUUUGCCAUUGUGGCUGCCUUGUUGAUGGCAUUCUCUCAACUGGCAGGAGUCCUCGAAAUGAUUAUUCUGGGCCGAUUCAUAAUGGGCAUUGAUGGAGGUGUAUCUCUGAGUGCCCUCCCUAUGUAUUUGAGUGAAAUUUCACCCAAACAGAUCCGUGGUUCGUUAGGACAAAUUACAGCAAUCCUCAUCUGUGUCGGUGUCUUCAGUGGACAAGUUUUAGGACUACCUGAGAUAUUUGGGAAGGAAUCCAUGUGGCCCUAUUUAUUUGGGAUGAUAAUUGUCCCAUCACUCAUCCAAAUGGCAGUCCUGCCUUUUCUUCCGGAAAGUCCUCGCUUUUUGCUGCUUGAAAGACAUAACACAAAAGCAGCAGAAAAAGCAUUUCAGAUCUUUCUUGGCAAAUCUGAUGUGUCAUCUGAAGUAGAAGACGUUUUGGAAGAGAGUCGCGUGCAGAGAAACAUGCAGAUAGCAUCUAUCUUUCAGCUUUUGUGUGACAGCAGUAAGCGAUGGCAGAUCCUCACCGUAAUUGUAACCAUGGCCUGCUACCAACUCUGUGGUCUUAAUGCUAUUUGGUACUACACAAAUGACAUUUUCAAGGAAGCUGGACUGAGUUCAGAAAUAAUCCCAUAUGUUACUUUAAGCACAGGAGGGAUUGAGAUUUUGGCUGCCAUUUUCUCCGGCCUAGUGAUAGAACGACUCGGACGCAGACCUCUUCUGAUUGGGGGGUUUAGCUUAAUGGUCCUCUUCUUUGUAAUACUCACUGUGUGUAUGACUUUACAGGAUCAAGCAGUCUGGCUUCGAUACCUCAGCAUAGUCUGCAUUCUGGCAAUAAUUGCAUCAUUUUGUAUUGGACCAGGUGGGAUCCCAUUUGUCCUUACGGGAGAGUUCUUCGCUCAGUCUCAAAGGCCCGCUGCAUUCAUGAUUGCUGGGAUAACAAACUGGCUCUGUAACUUUGCCGUUGGACUUCUUUUCCCUUACAUUCAGGAAGGCUUGCAGACAUACUGUUUCCUGGUCUUCGCUGUCGUCUGUCUUGCUGGUGCCACUUUCCUUUUCUUAGUUCUGCCUGAAACAAAAAACAAGACUCUUGCUGAAAUCAACCAGGCAUUUGCCAGGAAGAAGGUGCCUUUAGAAAUCCGUGAAAUGGACCAGUUUGAAGCCAAGAGCAAAUCAAUGCAAGAACAAGAGCACAACUUGUCUUCUACACUGGAAAAUGGAGAAUCCAAAAACAGGAUAGUCUAAAAUUAUUUUUAAUAGGAAUAUUUUUGCAUCUUAUGUUUUGGUCACCACAAUCAUUCCUUCAGCCUAGAAAUUUUUUUGAUCUCAAUGUGGUCAUAACCAGGGUUGAUCUGUGGUACAGGAGAUGGCAAAGUAUAAUUCAAAAUUAACAGAAGGAAAUAAUGGAGAGGAGGGUUGCUCAAGGAAGUGAAACUGGUCAUUGAUUCAUUUAAAUGUAUGCAAAUUCAAAACGGAUAAUUGUUUUCUGAGGCAGAGGGUGGUGAGUGGGAAGCAGUUGAUCAAAGGGCCCAUCAGCAUUUCCAAUUGGCUGCAGUUUCGGACCUUCCAUGCUUAUCAGCGAUAGGAGGCUGGGUCCAUCAUUCUUGCUCCAGGCUCUGGAGUUUGCCACAGGGGGCCCUUUUAGGAGUCACUCACUACUCUGCUUCCUUGCUGCUGAUACUGUCCGCUGGACCUGGCCACUUACUUGCCACUUCUGGGGCAAGAAGCCUUUGAAUGUUUCCUGGUAAUUUUUCCAGUGUCCCCUCAAAAUCUGAAGAAGCAGAAUCUGCUGUAGUGGAAGCUUCAAAGGCACCAGACAAGGAUUAAUUUGAUCUAUGAGAACUGGCUGCCUGGCUACUGGGGGCUGGCAGCUGCAGCCAGUAGCUUCCUGCUGCCUCUCUAUAGUGUGGAGCUGCGUGUUCUGUGGGGAGAUCAGCUACUCUGAAAGUAAUUCCCAAAGAAGUCCUGUAGAUGCAAAGUUACUUUGGUGCUUCCAUUAAGGGAAAAGUGACAUUUCCCAUGUUGAUGGUACACAAUCUGAUCAACAGCUGCUCACCUCCUUGAUUGAGCUUGUAGUCAUGUUCAAAGAAGAACUGUUAAACAGGUGACUUUAUAUGCACUGUGCAUGCUAAGGAUUUCUUGGACUCUUACACCCAAGUUCAUGUUUAAGGAAUUAUUUGAAUCUCAGGUUUUUUACCACCUGCUUAAUCCGUGUCAUUUCCUACUUUUAAACGAAAUCAGGGCCCCACUCUGCUUUUGUGGGCUAUUUUUUUUCAAGCCAGAUUAGAACUUUUAGUGUAUCAGAAUAGUUUUCAUGAAGUGGCAGCUGUUUUGUAAAUAAAACCAACUGAAUCUGUAUAUAUUUUGAAAUCUAACCAACAAUGUAUAGCGUGUGCACUUAUCUUCAGCCUGAGCCAGUCCAGAUUUAAUCAUGUAAAUAGUUCAUGAUUGCGGUGUAUCUGAUUUAGGCUUUGUGAAUUUCUCAGAUCAUAUAUUAAGCUUGAUAACAGACACAAGAUCUAAGAAGCCCAGCAUUUCAGAAGAAAGGUGCCACAAUAGGUGCCUUGUCUAGAUGAAAGGUGUGUCCCUAGCCUGAAAUAGCAUUGCCAAGGAAGUGGUUUGUAUAUGAGAGAGAAAGACUUCUGGUUUUUUUUUACGUUCAAUUGUAUUGUUGUCUUCCUUUGAAUCAUAUUGAAUCAUUGAUAUAAAACUAGGAUGAUGGUAGUAGAUUCAUCCUGUUUGAAAAGUA